AUGGGUGAUGAAGAUGAAAUACCUGAUUUUAAGCCGGGCAAGGUUAUCCAAGGGCGGUGGAAGAUAAUGGAGAAAAUUGGAGCAGGUGGUUGUGGUGCAGUUUAUGAAGUUACUCAUAUUAAAAGGAAAAAUUUUAUAGCAGCUCUUAAAGUUGAAUCAACAACGUUGCCAGAUGGAGGUGUAUUGAAAUUGGAAGCUUAUGUUCUAGGGAAAUUGAGCAGCGCCUCAAAAAAUACCAUCCGUUUACUGCAUUCUGGAAAGAGAUCUAAAUACAGUUUUAUUGUGAUGACAUUAUGCGGUCCAGAUUUGAUGUUUCUGAGAAAAAUGAAAGGUAUCAAUGCGAUCAAGCGAGAUGACGAUCAUUUCUCAUUUGAAACAACUUUGCGCGUUGCUGUGCAUUGCUUGUUCGCUAUUAAAAUGCUUCAUGAAGUUGGUUUUGUACAUCGGGAUGUCAAACCGGGUAAUAUGGUAAUUGGUAUAAAUGGGCGGGAUUGCAGGACUAUUUUUAUGAUUGAUUAUGGUAUGGUAAGAUCUUUUGUCCUGGAGGAUGCUGACACACGAAAAAUUGUACUGCGAAAACCUAGAAAACGUGUUUUGCUACGGGGAACAUUACGUUAUUGCUCACCAAAUGUCCAUCGACGUAUGGAGCAGGGACGAAAUGAUGAUCUGUUAUCUAUGCUUUACAUGCUCAUCGAGUUAUGUUGUGGUUUACCAUGGAAUACGAUUAAGGACGAGAAGGUGUUACUACAAAUGAAGGAAAGAAUUACAACAGAUAAACUUUUUAAAAAAACUCCGAUUGAAUUUGCACCAAUUUAUGAACAUUUAAUGAAAUUGCAGUAUAAGGAUCGACCGGACUACAAAUUUAUAUAUGAUCAGCUUAUGAAAGGUGUUCGACGAUUGGGGACACAUUUUGUGGAUGCGUAUGAUUGGGAGGAUGAUAAAGACAUUCAAGAAUCGAUGCAGUUGCAGACAGCCUUAUCAUAUCGUGAAGAAGAUAGGAGAGGAAAAGGGAAUAGAAAUAAAACGGAGAAAAAGAAAGAUUUCGACG